GCGGCGCCAGCGACCGCGGUAAUUGCAGCUGCUCAGGGGCAGGGCUUGCCCCAGCGCCGAGUAGUGGCAAAGGCGUGUUGCGUCGGGGGUGCCUGGGAGCCGGGAGCCUGAAAUCGGCAGCUCCCAGGCAGACACACUCUCACCAGGAAGAGGUGAUACCGAAUCAGCUGGGGCAGCGGGACCACCCCGAGGGGCUUCCCCAAGUUGAGGAGAGGUGGGGUUACAGGUCACAGGUGAUAAGGCCAGAGAAAGAUGGAGCAGCCCGGGGCGGCGGCGUCGGGAGCGGGAGGCGGCAGCGAGGAACCCGGUGGGGGCCGGAGCAACAAGCGGAGCGCGGGGAACCGGGCCGCCAACGAAGAGGAAACGAAAAACAAACCCAAACUGAACAUUCAAAUAAAAACUUUGGCAGAUGAUGUGCGUGACCGAAUUACAAGUUUUAGAAAAUCUACUGUCAAAAAAGAAAAACCUCUUAUUCAACAUCCUAUUGAUUCUCAAGUUGCAAUGAGUGAGUUUCCAGCAGCUCAGCCAUUAUAUGAUGAACGAUCUUUGAAUUUGUCAGAAAAGGAAGUACUGGAUCUCUUUGAAAAAAUGAUGGAGGACAUGAACCUUAAUGAAGAACGAAAAGCUCCUUUACGAAACAAAGAUUUUACCACCAAGCGUGAGAUGGUUGUCCAGUAUAUUUCUGCUACUGCCAAAUCUAUAGUUGGAAGUAAAGUUAUGGGAGGGCUGAAAAACAGCAAACAUGAAUGCACCUUAUCUUCACAAGAAUAUGUUCAUGAAUUACGAUCUGGUAUUUCAGAUGAGAAACUUCUUAACUGCCUUGAAUCUCUGAGGGUUUCUUUAACCAGCAAUCCUGUCAGCUGGGUUAACAACUUUGGCCAUGAAGGUCUUGGACUCUUAUUGGAUGUGCUGGAAAAGCUUCUGGACAAGAAACAGCAAGAAAAUAUAGACAAGAAGAAUCAGUAUAAACUUAUUCAGUGCCUCAAAGCAUUUAUGAAUAAUAAGUUUGGAUUGCAAAGGAUUCUAGGAGAUGAAAGGAGUCUUUUGCUAUUGGCAAGAGCAAUUGAUCCCAAACAACCCAACAUGAUGACUGAAAUAGUAAAAAUACUUUCUGCUAUUUGCAUUGUUGGAGAAGAGAACAUUCUAGAUAAACUUUUAGGGGCUAUAACUACUGCAGCAGAAAGAAAUAAUAGGGAACGAUUUUCACCAAUUGUGGAAGGAUUAGAAAAUCAUGAAGCUUUGCAAUUACAGGUGGCCUGCAUGCAGUUUAUAAAUGCUCUUGUCACUUCACCUUACGAGCUUGAUUUUAGAAUACAUUUAAGGAAUGAAUUCCUACGUUCGGGACUAAAAACAAUGUUACCAGAUCUAAAAGAAAAAGAGAAUGAUGAACUUGAUAUUCAGUUGAAAGUAUUUGAUGAGAACAAAGAAGAUGACCUAAAUGAAUUAUCACACCGUCUCAAUGACAUUCGAGCAGAAAUGGAUGAUAUGAAUGAAGUGUAUCAUCUUCUAUAUAAUAUGUUGAAGGACACUGCUGCUGAAAAUUACUUAUUAUCCAUUCUACAACAUUUUUUGCUCAUCAGAAAUGAUUAUUAUGUCAGGCCACAGUAUUACAAAAUAAUUGAGGAGUGCGUUUCACAGAUAGUGCUGCACUGCAGUGGUAUGGACCCAGAUUUCAAGUAUAGGCAAAGAUUAGACAUUGAUUUCACGCAUCUGAUAGAUUCUUGUGUGAACAAGGCAAAAGUUGAAGAAAGUGAACAAAAAGCAGUGGAAUUUUCAAAGAAGUUUGAUGAAGAAUUCACAGCUCGACAGGAAGCUCAAGCUGAGCUUCAAAAAAGAGAAGAAAAAAUUAAAGAGCUUGAAACAGAAAUCCAGCAACUUCGAACCCAGGGACAUGGACUCUCAGGUUCAUCAGGAAUUCCAGGCCCUCCUCCACCACCUCCAUUGCCAGGUGGUGGGUCAUCCCCACCGCUGCCACCUCCACCAGCACCACCUCUACCUGGAGGAACUCCCCCUCCUCCUCCACCUCCUUUACCUGGAAUGAUUGGUAUACCACCACCACCACCACCACCUUUGUUUGGGGGACCUCCACCACUUCCCCUUGGAGGAGGAAUUCCUCCUUUCCCAGAAGCAGCACUUGAUUUGCCUUAUGGGAUGAAGCAGAAAAAAAUGUAUAAACCUGAGGUGCCCAUGAAGAGAAUCAAUUGGUCAAAGAUUGAGCCCAAAGAAUUAUCUGAGAACUGUGUCUGGUUAAAAGUUAAGGAGGACAAGUUUGAAAAUCCUGAUCUCUUUGCAAAAUUGGCACUGAAUUUUGCUACCCAGAUAAAAGUUCAAAAGAAUGUAGAAGCUUCAGAAGAAAAGAAAAUCCUCCCUGCAAAGAAGAAAGUGAAAGAAUUGAGAAUUUUGGAUCCCAAAACGGCUCAGAAUCUGUCUAUCUUCCUAGGAUCAUAUCGUAUGCCAUAUGAAGAUAUAAAAAAUAUUAUUCUGGAGGUUAAUGAAGACAUGCUGAAUGAAGCCUUAAUUCAGAACCUUGUAAAACAUCUUCCUGAGCAGAAAGUACUCAGUGAAUUAGCACAGCUGAGGAAUGAAUAUGAUGACCUCUGUGAGCCUGAGCAAUUUGGAGUUGUGAUGAGCUCAGUGAAAAUGUUACAGCCUCGUCUCGAAAACAUUCUUUUCAAGCUCACUUUUGAAGAACAUGUAAACAACAUCAAACCAAGCAUCAUAGCAGUAACUCUUGCCUGUGAAGAACUGAAGAAAAGUGAAAGCUUUAACAGACUUUUAGAAUUAGUUCUUUUGGUUGGAAACUACAUGAACUCAGGCUCAAGAAAUGCCCAGUCUUUGGGUUUUAAAAUCAACUUCCUUUGUAAGAUCAGAGAUACUAAGUCAGCAGAUCAAAAAACAACCCUCUUGCACUUUAUUGCUGAAAUUUGUGAGGAAAAAUACCGGGAUAUCCUGAAAUUUCCUGAAGAGCUGGAACAUGUAGAAAGUGCAAGCAAAGUUUCAGCUCAAAUUCUCAAGAGCAACCUUACAGCAAUGGAACAGCAAAUUAUUAAUCUGGAACGUGACAUCAAGAAAUUCCCUGAAACAGAAAAUCAACAUGAUAAGUUUGUGGAGAAGAUGACAAGCUUUACAAAGAGUGCCAGAGACCAGUAUGAAAAACUGUUCACCAUGCACAACAACAUGCUAAAGCUCUAUGAGAAUCUUGGAGAAUACUUUAUUUUUGAUUCUAAGACAGUGAGCAUAGAAGAGUUCUUUGGUGAUCUCAGCAACUUCCGAACUUUGUUUCUGGAAGCAGUGAAAGAAAACAACAAGAGAAAAGAAAUGGAAGAGAAGACUAGAAGGGCAAAGCUUGCAAAAGAGAAAGCUGAACAAGAGAAGUUAGAACGCCAAAAGAAAAAGAAACAACUCAUUGAUAUAAACAAAGAGGGUGAUGAGACUGGUGUGAUGGAUAAUCUUCUAGAAGCCCUACAAUCAGGUGCAGCAUUCCGAGACCGCAGAAAGCGGAUUCCAAGGAAUCCAGAGAGAGAGAGCGAGCACAAGCAGGGGGAGCAGCAGAGGCAGAAGGAGAAGCACGCUCCCCGCUGAGUGGAGAGCCCAGUGAGGGGCUCGAUCCCAGGACCCUGGGAUCAUGACCUGAGCCAAAGGCAGGCACUUAACAGACUGAGCCACCCAGGUGCCUCUUUUGCUUGAAUCUAUGAUGAGGGAUGGACAUGUUUGAAAAUGUUUAGCCCAAGAAAAGCAAAAGUACAGGGAUAGUUGGUCUUCAGGUUCAUGAUAAAAUGGUGACUAGUUAAAACUCUCUUGCUGAAGGACAGACAAAGAGGGAGCAAACUAUACCGAAUCCUGGAGUGGAUAAUGUAAUGGUGCAUCUAAAAAUGCUAUAGAAGCUGGAGAUGCUUAGGGAAGGUAACCAUGUGGUGCAAAAUAGCAACUAAUUUCCCUUCUAGAGUGCUUCAAAGCCCGAGAGUCAAAAACUGAGCUAGUAGGGGAGGAGUGCAUAGCAAGAUUAGAGCUAUUUCUCAUAAUUCGACAGGAAGGCACUUAAGGCAUUUAUUUAUAUACUUAUUAAUAAUUUAUUUUUCUGAGCCAUGCCUCCCCUCAGACCUAACCUAUAGAAUAUUGGCAUUUUUUAAAGUUACAGACAUCAUCAUUGCUCCCAAAGUUAGUUUAUAUGCGCAAAUGUAUAUGUAGUUAGUUUAUAUAUAUUAAGAUACUAUGACAGAUUUGAUCCCUCCCCUUCCUUCACACUAACCAAUUUUUUUUUAAAGAUUUUAUUUAUUUAUUUGACAGAGAGAUAGAGAGAGAGAGAACAAGUAGGCAGAGAGGCAGGCAGAGGGAGAGGGAGAAGCAGGCUUCCUGCGGAGCAGGGAGCCCGAUGCGGGGCUCAAUCCCAGGACCCCAGGAUCAUGACCUGAGCCGAAGGCAGAUGCGUAACCAACUGAGCCACCCAGGCGCCCCCACACUAACCAAUUUAUAAUCUGAAUGUGUCAGAAGCUUGUGAAUUAUGUCUAUUAAUCCUUGUAAUUGUAGCACAUUGUAUAAAAAUAGACAUUCUUUCUAUAUAAUCAUUAAGUAAAUUCAAAAUUGAGUUAAGUCACAGUUGGUGGAUAUAGACUUAGCUAACAUGUAAUAAAUCAUAGGCUUAUCCAGUUAGCAUCAAAUCUGAGUUUUUCUCUAAUGUUACAUGAUGAAAGUAAUGGGUGGACAGUAAGGAUGACAACCUACUCAAGAAAGAACAAGUUUUAACGUUUGCUCUUUUCUUAAAAGUUUUUCCAUAACACAUUCAAUUCCAUUUAAAUAUUGCAAAAAGCUGAAUUGCAAAUGUUAACCUAAACAUGAAUAAAAAAUGUCGAUAUUUUACUUAACCUAAAAAUAGUAAUUAUGGAUAGGCUGCCUUUAUGAUUAUCGUAUUUAAAAUAUAUCAUUUUACAUUGAGCAUUUUGGGAGGAUUGUCACUGUGAUGUUAUAAUAAGAAAAUUUGUUUUGAGUGCAUUAAAAAUACAGUGCAUGAUUAUUGCAAUAUAAGGUGAAAAGUUGUUUGCUUUUGACAGUCUGUCAGUAGAUGUAGCCUAGGGAAAAAAGUAUGAUAGCUGCUUUAUAUAAAACAGUAGGGGAAGGACACAAGCUCAGAGAAUUUUUUUCCAGCUGCUGUUAUUAAAGAAAUUCUUUUAUAGAAGAGAAGCUGCUUUUUUUCUUUCCAUUUUUUGCUUCCAUCUCUGAAUCCUUUGCUUUCAAGUGGCAUGCAAAGCGUCUGUGCACGGCAGCCUGUAACUUCUGUUAUUUAAACUGCCAACUGUUAAAUUGGAUUGAGUUGGACCAGAGGAGGAGAAUAAGCCCACUGAGGCAAAUGCAUUUUUACACCCCUCUAUAAUAAAAUAAUGUAAGGAAUAGCUAGAAAGCUUCCCCAGAUUUUCAUCUAAAAUUGUUAGAUUGUAGCUGUUGGAAAGAAUCACUAUUGACUCCUGUCAGACAGUUUUAGAAAGGAGGUGAAGAGAAUUAUCUCCUGACUCUCUGUGUGCUUUGUCAAAUUAGGCACUUUGAGCAGAAGUACAAAGUGAAGGCCAAUGUCAGGGAAUGCCUCAAAGCAGGAACUUGUGCUCAUUUCCUGUGACUUCCAUUUUUUUUUUUAAAGAAAUCAGAUUGAAUUGUAAAAUGAUGGGAAUAGGAUUGGACACAAACACAUUUAAUGCAGGCUCAGCAGCCAUUACAUAUCAUUAGUGAAAGGAUGCAAGGGGUAAAGGGGACCAUUUUGAUGUCACUUUGAUUCUUUUUAAGGACAGAUGCAUUCACUGAUGAGAAAUAAACUGACAUCUGUAAAAUUUUAGAGACCAGUAAUACUUUUAUGCCUUCUUUUCCUUUAGGUAAACACAUAACUUUUUAAUACUCAUUAAUAUAAACUGAAAGAAUGGGUGAUGUUAGAGUUGCUUGUAAGAAUGCCAGUUAUGAAGUAACUGUGACUUACCAGAAUCAGUAUAUGUCUGUGUCAAAUAGUGUAUUUUUUUUCUUACCAAGGUGCAUACUAUUCCUAAUAUACCACUUCAACUAAAGUUAAUGUCAAAAUCCAGUAUUUCAAAGGUGAUAUGCUUUUUAUUAAGAAAUAUAAUUUGAUCUUACUUUCUACCUGUAAAAGGCCAUAGUCCUUAUACAUCAGCUCUAAAGUUAGUUCCGUUUUCUUACUUUUCUUGUUCUAUAUUCUCCUUGCCAAAGAAUCUCUGUAAUUGGCUUGCUCUGAAAAGUGUUUUAUUUGCCCUUGUGGACAUUAGCUGUUUUAAGGAUCUGAAUGUAUUAUAGCAGGGAGCACAUGAUUUUAGUUCAACUGCCUCUGUGCCCUUACCCCCAUUGCCAAAUUAAUGCUUUCUGUUUUCAGUAUUCCAGGGAAGAAUGAAAUUGCUAAGAUGUAACUGGUCAUUAGGAGUAACCUAAAGAGAGGACCAUUCCGGGAAAGACAGUAUCUGUGUACCCAGUGUGGAUCUUGGCCCUGCCCUACUUCUAAGCAUCUAACAUAUUCUCAUAGUCAUUUCUUCUAUGUUGUGAUUUUCUUUAAGUGAAGCACUUUUAGAUGUCCCAUAUGGUUUAAAACAAAUCAGAAAUUCAUGUCCUAAAUGUUUUGUUAGUCAGAAUAAUUAAAUUGAUCAGUUCUGGGAGUAGUGGAAACAAAAUAAUGGGGUCAUUGAAGCAGUCAGACUCUAAUGGGAACCUGAGCUCAUUCAGAUAUCAAAUCUAAUAAUUGUUCUACACCUGUAUGCACAGUCCCAUUGAGCAAAUUCACAUUAAAGGUUUAGUGGAACACUUCCAAUGCUGUGGUCCAAAGGGACUUGCUACUGUUUCACAAGAAAACCCUGAAUAUUUUUUGGCAAUAUGUUUUUUGUGAUGUGUUAACUAAGCUCUAUAUGUGUAUGUUGGUGCCCUGUCCCUACCUAGGGAGAAAGAAAAGGGAGAUAUGCAUAACUGGGAAUGGUUUUCUUACUAUUUAAAGAUAAUGAAAAUGUGCUCAAGCAUUAGCUACCUGGAGGCAGUAAUACAAGAUAAGGGAACUCACUGGAUUGGGGGAGAGUGGAGUUUUAUUAAACAACUUAUGCAACCUAGUAGAAAUGAGGAUCAUUUAACCCUUUCCCUUCAUAAAAUAAAGUGGUAUCAAAAUAAAGUGGUAUCAAUAACCAAACAUUUGGUUAUUGAAGUAGAAAGUAGCAACUAGGCCUUCUGUGUAGUAAUGCAGUGUUUCAUUUCUCCUAUGUCACUAUAUGACUAUAGCAGCAAACUAACUGCUUUUGAUUCUUUUACAAGAUAUCUGAGGAGAGUUGACAGACCUAAAAAAAAUUUUAAAGAUCUAAAGAGUAGAAAGAUGAAUUUAACUCUACCCUAUAGUGACCAUUGAACUAACAGAUCUUCAAUAGAACUCUCUCAUUGGAGGUUUCAAAGCACACAGAAAAACUAAAAGAUUUGCAGUAUAUACUGAACUAUGAAAGACAGAUAUGGCCAGCCCUCCUUACCACAAAAAAAAAUAAUAACUGAAUUAACUUAACCUAAAGAAUAGUUUUAAUACACACACACAAACUUAUUCAUGAAUAUUAUGCUCUAAUAUUUUCACUUUGUGGAUAAACAAAAGGACAUAUUCAUUUGUGUAUUCAUUCUAAUAUAUUUCUAGGCACCAAGGUUACAGAUGCAAAUGCCAAUCCCUGCCUUUCUAGAGCUCACAGUAAAGUGGGGGAGACAGAUAGCACAAGGACAGUCACAGUAUAAAGUUCAAGCUUAAUUUUAACAGAUUAGUAGGAGUUUCUUAGGCAUGAAAGGAAAAAGGAAGAGAAGCAUGUUUCAAGAAAGUAAACAGCAUGUGUGGAGGCAAUAGGAGAGCAUGAUAUAUUCAAGGGUGAGCAAGCAGCUCAGCACUACUAAAGCAUAGGUAUGAGAAGCUGGUAAAAUGAAUUGUCUUAAAUGACCUUGGAUACUAAGGAGUUGGAUUUUUUUCUUUAUUGCCUGGGUGAUAAGGAGCCAUUUCCAGCUUCUUUUCCAGACUCUCCUAACAACAUGUAAUAUUGAUGGGGUGGGAAUGAGGCUAGAGGCAGGAGAGAUUCAAAAGGGGUCUAUUAUGAGCCUAGGCAAUGGAAGAAAGCCUGCCCUAGAAAAAUGGCAGUGGAGAUGAUGAUGAUGAAGAAAUUGAUCCAAGAAUACUUUAGGAGUUAGAAAGAACUGAACUUAUUGAACACUUGAAUAUGAGGGUGAAAAAAAGAAAGGAGUCCAAGAUGAUGGUUGGGGUUUUUUUUUUGGCUUCUUGUUUUCAUUUUUAUGACUUGGUGUAUGAUGGCUCUAUUAGUUUUCUAGGCCUGCUAUAACAAAGUACCACAAACUAAGUGGUUUAAACAACAGAAAUUUAUUGUCUCAUACCUUGGAAGGAUAGAAGUCCAAGAUCAAGGUGUUGGCAGGGCCAUGCUCCCUCUGAAGGUGCUAAGGAAAGAUCUGUUCCAGGCCACCUUCUUAGCUUCUGGUGGUUUGCUGGCAAUCUUUGACAUUCUUUGGCUUAUAGAAGCAUCACCCUGAUCUCUGCCUUCAUCUUCACAUGGUGUUCUCUGUUUGUGAGUGUCUAUUUCCAAAUUCCUCCUUUUUAUAAGAAUACCAAUCAUUGUUGAUUAUAGCCUACACUAAUGACUUCAUUUUAACUUGACUGCCUCUGUAAAGACCCUAUUUUCAAAUAAAGCCAUAUUCUAAGGUAACGUUGGGGGCUAGGGUUUCAACAUAAGAAUUUGAGGGUGGGGACCCAAUUCAAUCCAUAUCAUGGUUCCAUUCAUCAAAAUAAGGAGACGUGAGAAGGAGAGAAUAGGAUCAAAGAAAAGGAAAUCAUUUCAGUUUGGAUCUUGAAAAUGAGGUAGGUUCAAAGCAAUCAGGAAAAAUAUUUAGAAGGUGAAUGAAGCUGUAGCCUAGAGCCCAAGGAAUGUAGAAUUGAGAUCCAUUAGCAUAAAGGAGGUAGAGUAGAUAGAGUUGAAGUUUUGCAAGUAGGUGAAUAUACCCAUAGAGAAUUGCUCAUGGAAAGUAUAUAGAGUAAUAUGGGAAAGCACAAAGGAUAAAACCCUGAAAAUUACUAACAUAUAAGGAACAAGGAAAAGAAUGGUAGUUUAUAAAAGAAACAGAAAAGGACCAGGCAAAGAGGUAAUUUGAAAAUUAAGAAAGAGUGGUAAUAUGCAAGCCAAGAGAGAAGAGAGUUUCGUGGAAGAAAUAAUUGUCAACAAUUUCAUGUGAGGUCGAGGAAAAUAGCAACUGAAAGAAAAGUCCUAAUCCUUUAGGCAAGAAUGUGAUAUCAAUUCAGAAUAGACCCAUUCAUAAAUACAGUCAUCAUGGAACACAGCCAGUAUUUUCAAUAGAAUCUCACUCUAUUUGUAUUACUAGAGAAAAUAAAAGAAUACAUUUAUUUAUGUAGUAUAACAUUUUAUACUUAUAGAAAUUGUAUUUUUUACACGGUCUAGUUAUUCUAAUCUAUAAGAAAGUAUUCACUACUGUUUUAGAAGUAAUGCAUACAAAGUAAUGCAUUUGAAUUGAAAUUCUGAUAUGUAUGGUUAUUGAAUUUUGCAACUAGUGCUCAGAAUAGGAUAAAAUAGAGCCUCUCAGAAUGAGAUUAUGAUGUGGUUGGUCAGAAGAGAGUCUUCUAAGGAACAAUGUUUCCCAUCAAGUCGUCUGUUUUUAUGUGGUCAACAUUGGAGCUCUCAGUGCUGCUAAAUGUCAUUUUAUGUACUCCUCCCCAGUCUAACCAUAUAUAUCCUUUUCUCUCAAAUCCCCUAAAAACACAAAGCUAUACAAUUAGACCUUUAGUAAAAGAAAGUAUUGAAAAGGCAAGGUAGAGUUCUGAGACUAUUUAUUGUUUCAUACAAAUAUGUCUAUAGAGGAACAAAUGGUACAUUUAUAUCUAUAAGUCCUCAAUAAAAGUUUUGUUCAGAGAAGGAACCAAUAGGUAUAUGUUGAAUGGCUAUUUAGUAUUGAGAAAGCUAAUAAAGAGAUAAAAGUGACACAUUCUUGAAAAGGCAGUGAAAGAUAGUGAAAAGUGUGAAACUGGCUAAAAUUAAAAGCUGAGUUGUGUGAUAUCAGAGUCUAGAGGAAAGAAAGAUCAAUGAAGGCCAGAGAGGUCAGGAAGGUGAGGUUUGAACUGAGCUUUGAAGGAUGGGUAGAGUUUAAUAGAGAGGAGGGAGAAGGCAGAGGUGGACACAUAAAAAUCUAGAAUAUGUAUAGGUGUCUUCAUGGAAAAAUUAUAAAGCCAGCCUAACUAGAUUUAAGGGUGAGUAGUAGAAAAGAGGGGAAAAUCAGAUUGGAUAUAGUAGGAUUUGUGUAAAACAAACUAACAAAAAUAGAAAGUAUAUCAUCCAUAAAUUUCUCCUUUACUUAGCUGCCACAAAUUUUAGAGUCAGAUUUAUUAUGCACAUAUUUUUUUUUAAUUGAAGUAUAGUUGACACACAAUGUUACAUUAGUUUCAGGUGUACAACAUAUAUUCUCAUAUCCCUGAACUACUUCCUUUAGAGUGAAUCUGUUCACUUUUAUUUUCAUAUGCCUUUGCAGUGAAUUUUAGUCUGUGAGCCCCCCAAAGUCUUUUUGGGAGUUAACUGGUUACAAUUUUUAGUGUUGUCAUUUUUUUUUUUCACCACUUCAAAUUUCAGUUGAGGCCAAAUUAGUCUUGUUUUAAAUUCACUGUAGCUUUUUGAGUUGUGGAGUAAGGUCUCUUUGGGAAGACUGUUCUGAAAGGUAUGUUGGAGGAUGAGUUGAAUGGAGGAAAGUCUGGGUGUAGUGAUUAGUCUAGCCAGUACCUUGUUUCUCAGAUGUUAGUAGUGGUAAAAUUAGUAGAUCUAUAGAUUCAUUUUAAUAGGAAUCUAAUUCUUUUGGGUCUUCGGUGAUUGAGUUAAAAUUAUGCUUAAUAUAUUAUUACUUAAACAUCAACAAUAUAAAAAUAGGCAUAAACUGC